AUGGUCUGGAUCAGACAAGCUCCUGGAAAAGGACUGGAGUGGGUUGCAGCUAUCAGUUAUGGUGGUGUUGAUGGUCAGACUCUGACAGAAUCUGAACCAGCAGUUAAAAAGCCUGGAGAAUCCCACAAACUGACCUGUACAACAUCUGGAUUCACAUUCAGUGACUACUACAUGGCCUGGAUCAGACAGGCUCCUGGAAAAGGACUGGAGUGGAUUGCAGCUAUCAGCAGUUAUGGUGGUAGUGACACAUACUACUCUCAGUCAGUUCAAGGCCGGUUCACCAUCUCCAGAGACGACAGCAGAGAGCAGCUGUAUCUGCAGAUGAACACCAUGUUCUCUGUAGCUCUGCUGCUGCUGUUGGCAGCUGGAUCCUGUGUGAAGUGUCAACAGUUGACACAGCCAGCCUCAGUGAUUGUGCAGCCAGGUCAACGUCUGACCAUCACCUGUCAGGUCUCUUAUUCUGUUAGCGACCAUUGGACAGCUUGGAUCAGACAACCUGCAGGGAAAGAACUGGAGUGGAUUGGAAGUAGAUAUACUGGAGGCUCUGCCUACAAAGAUUCACUAAAGAACAAGUUCAGUAUCGACUUAGACUCUUCCAGCAAUAGAGUGACUCUAAAUGGACAGAAUGUGCAGUCUGAAGACACUGCUGUGUAUUACUGUGCCAGAGACCCACAAUAACACAAACCAUCAGCAGACCUGAACAAAAACCUCUCAGUGCCUGAACACUUGUAACAUGAAGCCACCAGAGGAGGAGCCCUCAGACCACUAAUGAGUUCAA